UGGAUGUUUAAUGAAGCAGACAAGUUUUUGGACAAACCUAUGAGGCUGCAAAGAACAUUGAACUGAAUAUUUGCGAUAUGCCAACUCAGAACUCUUUCAGUACUCAGUGGUGGUAUGAGGAAAAUGAAAAAGCACCAUGUGGAAAUGUUUUACCUUCGUGAAACCUGAACAACGAUCAGUCAGCGUCAUUUUGCCCUCGCAGAUAUUCUGUGUUUCUUCUGGUCUGUUAGAAAGAAAGUCUCAAUCACAGUGGCAUAGUGGAAAUAUUUUGUUGGCCUGCAGCUGCAGAGUGGGGACAUACAGUAGUUUAUUUUUCUUUUCAUAUUCCAUGUUCUCUAUUCACAUCUGCAUACAUGAAUACACAAUAGACAUUCAUUCUCUUUGACCUUUUCCUCUUUGUACCUCAGUCUUUGGUUAAAGUCUCUCCACCUUCCAUCUACCUGUCAGCAUGUGUGUGUGUGUGUGUGUGUGUGCGUGUGUGGUGCAUAAAAUGCUCAGCAAUGCAUUUUUCUUCCUUUUAAAAAAGCCUUUCAGUUUCUCUUCAUUGGAAACCACUGAUUCAAACCACUAAGGACACGCGUGUGUGUGAAGGUGUGUCGUUUCUUACACAGGUGAGUGAGGAGGUGGUGACACGAUUAAAGCUGCCACCUUCAUCCAACCUUUUUUCCAUAUAGUAUGGUGUAUGUGUGCAUGUUUGUAUAUGUGUGUGUGAAUGCGUAUGUGCAUUUGCAGUCUGCGUCCUCAGUUGCGUCAGUGCUGUCAGUUUCUGCGCCAGCAGCAGGCUCCUCCCAUCUAACCAGGCACCUCCCACUUCCUGUGUGUCAGUAUAAAGCACGAUCUCCUCUCUCACACCCUCACUCACAGCCUGAAUGCUGCAGGAGUGAAGCUCAGUAUCUUCAGAUUCAUCUUCUCCCGGUCCACACCAACUACUGCAGUCAUGAAUGUAGGAAUCUGUGUGUGUGUUCUCCUGGCUGCUUUAUCCAGCAGUUGCCUGAGUCUGCCCUCACACACCAUGACACAGAGAGCCGAGGGUGAGGCUCUCGCAUCCGACAGCCUGCCUCCACACCAUGCACGCCAGGCCCGCUCAGCUCCAGCGCCCCCCUCAGGGCAGCUAGCCAACUACAUCCAACCCCAGGGUGACGCAGAUGCUCGAAACAGCCUGAACCAGCUACUGGCUAGACUCAUCUCCAGGAAAGGCUCUUCCUACCAGUCCAGAUCCUCCCUCACCAGCAGAGCCAGUGGUGUAGUCCCUGGCCACAGGAUAAAGGACAGAGAUUACCUCGGCUGGAUGGACUUUGGACGACGCAGCGCAGAGGAGUAUGAGUACUCCUCCUAAAGGCAUGGCUCGCUUUUGCCGCAACCUGAGUUACAACCCCCAACACCGCAAAUAAAAGCCCCCCAAAAUAAAGAGCCCUUUUCACACUGCACUUGCUGUAACCAAGGGCUCUGUGACUGUAUCCUAGAAUGAGUUUAGCAUCAUUAAUGAGAAUGAGAGGCAAUCCCCAUGCUUAAGCUACGAGCACUUUCCAAACUGCACCUCACAGUAUGUCAGAAUUAAAUGUAAGUAGACAAUUUAAGAUUAAGAAGAUUAGGCUGAAAAUAUUGUUACCAUUAUUGUCAAGAAAUCCUAUAGAAAAAUCACAACCCACAGUUUUUUUUAGCCCAGCUCUUAAGUUUUUGACGUUUCUGAAUUGUCUGUAGCUCUCGACAUCAAAAUCAUUUGUUUCUAUUGAAGACAUAAGUCAUUAAAAACAGCUCGUAUGGUUUCAUUUUUGCUAAGAGUAAUUUAAUUACACCCAUUUAUAGCAUUUUACUCAAACAAGGAGGAAAUAGUGCAUUUUUGGGAAGUAUUUUCAGUUAUGGCCUAAUACAGAUUUAGCAUUCUAAUGAGUAUUUUUAGCAAAAGGGUGGCAUGUGUGGGAAUGAGUCAACAUAUGUGUGUUGAUAAUGACAUGACAUGGUAAUUAAGGAAUAUGUCAGCCAGUGUGACACUGUGGCUCACUGAGCUGUUUUAAUAGUUUUUGGACAGUGCUGGAGGUCUGUGACACAAAGGAUAAUUAAUGGUGCACAGGAUUCAGUUCAUUGUUGUUGUUUUCCUGAGAUUUGCUGACAUUAAGAAAAAUAUAGAAUAUCAAUACAUUGAUCAGUGGAUGGCCAACAGGAGUCAGACAUGAGGUGAAAUUAUCUUUUACUGGCAUUACAGCUCAACAGACCUUUGUUCUUAGGCAACACUGACUGAAUUCAUAUUCAUAUAUGCUUUAUUUUUUAAAUGGAUUUAGUUUCAAUAUGCUUUAAACAUUUGAAAGAGAAAAUAUCUAUUAAUAUUUAACUACCAAGAAACACACCUGAAAAACUUUUAAUUUUAUGUCACUCCAAGUAGUGUCCCAUUUGACUAUUUAGAAUGUAUCCUCAUACUGGACCUUAAUGAGCCACUUACAGGUCUUUGCCAAAUUGGACCAAAAGUGGGAUUUGAGUCUGUAUCUUUGAUUGAUAUCUUAACACACUCAGCUUACUGCAGCCCAAAGCUUCUCUUGACACUUUACACAAGUGCACAGUAAAAAGGGUUUUCAUAUCAUACCAUCUGCAACAAAAGAAAACAAAACUGAUACAACCUUAAAGAUCUAGCACUAUGGAGUCAGCAAGAGGGUCUCUAGGUUGGGAGAAAAAGGGUCUGACUGCUAAAGGCAACCCUUGGCUAAAAACCGUGAUAUGUUUGAAAAAGCACAAGGUGUUCACUGUUUGUGAGAAGCUUGGGAGUCUCCUUAUCAUUGUGUAAUGGACCUUGGUGACAGGUACAUUAAAAUCAGGAUUACAAGUACUGUAGAUAUGAAUAGAAGAGUGUUUGUUUUUUUUUGUUUGUUUGUUUUUUUGAAAGAUUAUUAUAUAUGUAUGUAUGCACCAUUAAAGGUUAACUAUCUGUAAUAAAUAAUAUGUUUUUACCAACUUUCAGACUCAAUAAAAUUCAAAAUAAAGCUCCAUUUUCCUCUGAUGUCAGAAAGAAAUGCAAAUACAUUUGCGUGGGAUCAUGAUGUUAUUCUGUUUGGAGGGCGCAGUUGGUAGGAUGAUCCUAAGCAUUAGAUUUAGCCACUGCCUCAGUUCAGGGGUGUCUGAAAGAGAUGAAUACUGGACCUCUGUCUCUGUGUGUCCCUGCAUGAGCAUUUUCAAGGAUUAGCACUUAGAACAAUGAGCCAGGCUCCUGAACAGGGUAAACAUUUAAAACUUGGUCUAACCAAGCCACGCCAUGCAGAAAGUGAGGGGACCCUGUGCUCAGAUCAGACUUCAGCUAUGAUGAGACCAGAUUUUAGCAUAUGAUUUUAUGCCUCCAGGUGAAUCAAAUCAAAUACUACCCAGUAUGCCACAUGGCUGACCAAAAACCUGAAUGCACCAAAUUGUAGAGGUUGUAAUCAAAUCAAGCAUUUAAUUUGGAAAUACAACUUUGUUCUCUCCAGAAGACAGAGGAUCAUAGAUGCAAAUUUGUAAAGCUGUUAUCAAGCAAUACAAAUGUGUAUAUG